CAUGCGCAGUAGAGGGGGGAACAGGGGGGAACGUUCAGUCCGCCACACCGCUUCAAAGGCCUGGCUGGGGAGAAAUCCCGAGCCACCUGUGACAUCAAGAUCAAGAUCAAGAUCAAAACAGAGAAACGCUGAGGAGUCUGCCACGCCGCCUACGCCUUCACGCCCACACUGUGCCUGCACGCCCACACAGUGCCCCCACGCCCACCCGGUGCCCCCACGCCUCCACGCCCACACACCACCCCUGGUGCUGGUGCAGCAGCGAGGGUCUGAGGCGGGUGCCGUGCUGCGUCCUCACUGCCGCUGACUUCUGUUGCAGUGGAGGCUGCAGGGCUGGGCAGCAGCCUGAGGGGCCAGGACCAGCAGGAGCAGCCUGCCACUGCUGUGAGGAUCAGUGCCAGACCAUGCAGUACAGUACAGUGGAAUUCCUUCAUCAUAUUUGUGCCAAAGAAAAAAUUCAGUGCCAUAACUUUGAACAGCACCUUGCAUGCUCUGAUCAGGGGUGCUCAGGAGAACCACCACCACCACCACCACCUUGCUGCUGGCAUCUCCAGCCGUAAAGGAAAGGGAUAGUUUGAGUGAGAGAAGGUUUGAGACCGAGAGCAAGUUCACCAGACACAGCCUUGCACACACUGCUGAAGGGAAGCAUGAGUGCCGAGAGUGUGGGAAAAGAAUCCCAGGGAAGGGUGACCUCAACAAACACACCCACACACUCUGGUGGAAGACCUCAUGAAUGCCAAAAGUGUGGCAAAGUGUUCAGUAAGAAGGGUGACCUUAACAAGCACACCCUUACACACACCGGUGAAAGACCUCAUGAAUGCCAAGAGUGUGGCAAAGUGUUCAGUAGGAAGAGUAACCUUAACAAGCACACCCUUACACACACUGGUGAAAGACCUCAUGAAUGCCAAGAGUGUGGCAAAGUGUUCAGUAGGAAGAGUCACCUUAACACACACACCCUUACACACACUGGUGGAAGACCUCAUGAAUGCCAAGAGUGUGGCAAAGUGUUCAGUAGGAAGAGUCACCUUAACACACACACCUUUACACACACUGGUGAAAGACCUCAUGAAUGCCAAGAGUGUGGCAAAGUGUUCAGUUGGAAGAGUAACCUUAACAAGCACACCCUUACACACACCGGUGAAAGACCUCAUGAAUGCCAAGAGUGUGGCAAAGUGUUCAGUAGGAAGAGUCACCUUAACACACACACUCUUACACACACUGGUGAAAGACCUCAUGAAUGCCAAGAGUGUGGCAAAGUGUUCAGUACGAAGAGUCACCUUAACACACACACCCUUACACACACUGGUGGAAGACCUCAUGAAUGCCAAGAGUGUGGCAAAGUGUUCAGUAGGAAGAGUCACCUUAACACACACACCUUUACACACACUGGUGAAAGACCUCAUGAAUGCCUUGAGUGUGGCAAAGUGUUCAGUAGAAAGAGUAACCUUAACUCACACACCCUUACACACACUGGUGAAAGACCUCAUGAAUGCCAAGAGUGUGGCAAAGUGUUCAGAUACAAGACUCACCUUAACAGACACACACUUACACACACUGGUGAAAGACCUCAUGAAUGCCUUGAGUGUGACAGAAGGUUCUUUUCUAAAUCUGCUUUGAACAGCCAUGUUGUCACACACUCUGAUCUGAGAGAGUUCAAGUGUGAUGUUUGUCUUAAACAUUUCAAGACCAAGCAGAAUAUUGCCAGGCACAUGAAGAUCCACUUCCCCUGAGGUGUUGUGUGGUGC